GAGUCAGUCUGAGGGAGGUCGAGCAGUUGGGGUGUGAGCUCCCCACUUCUGUGAGCCCCUUCUCCCUCCAGAGGUGAGGCGCCACCCUGGGUGGGGGUUCCCUGCGGCUUUGCUGCUAGCAAGGUCAGCUCAGGGGUUGGAAAGCAACAGAAGACCUGGGUAAGGAGGGUCCUCCCAUCCAGACCCGCGUGGGUGCGUGGGGUUCACUUCCCCACUGUGUUGUCUUCAGCAGGGUUCCCCAGGGACUGCCCCUCUCCAGGCCUCAGUUUCCCCUCAGAACUGUUUGGUCCUGGCCCUAUUGUGAGGAUAAAAUGGGGGUACAACUGCACCGAUGAGGGAGCUGGCAGUGCUUCUGUGUGUGCGGCCACUCUGUACACACUUAUUAAGCACCUACUGUGUGCCAGGCGGGCCUGGAGAGAUUGAGGAGCAGGUGAUGGAACAGUGGGUCCAGCCUGCAAGGAGCUGUUGGUGGGGGCGGGAGAGUCGUCCAGCCUGGAUGCCACAAAGGAACCGGUUACCCACCCUCUAGAGGGAGUGAGGGGGUGGGGGCGGGGACCCCACCCUCAAUGGGCUUUCGAGGACCGGAAGGGGGCGACAGGGGGUGACCGCAGCGCCCUGCCCUCUGGGAGUAAGGAUGGGAGCCGACCGUUGGAUGCCCCUCCCCGUCUCAGCCUCACCCCCACCCAGGGGGGUACCUUGAACAUAACAGGAAAUUUCAAAUAACAGGAAACCAAGGCCGGGCAAGGCUCGCGGCUCCACCCUGCCUGGGGCGAACGAACCACCCCACCCCGGGGCCUCAGUCUGCCCUCGGGGAGGGGGACCGCAAUGAACGCCACGGGGACCCCGACGGGGGACCCCGAGUCCUGCCAGCUGCUGGCGGCCGGCGGGCACAGCCGGCUCAUCGUCCUGCACUACAACCACACGGGGCGGCUGGCGGGGCGCGCCGGGGCGGAGGAGGUCGGCCUGGGGGUGCUGCGAGGGCUGUUCGUGGCCGUGAGCUGCCUGGUGGUGCUGGAGAACCUGCUGGUGCUGGUGGCCAUUGCCAGCCGCAUGCGCUCCCGGCGCUGGGUCUACUACUGCCUCGUGAACAUCACGCUCAGCGACCUGCUCACCGGCGCUGCGUACCUGGCCAACGUGCUGCUGUCGGGGGCGCACACCUUCCGCCUGGCGCCGUCCCAGUGGUUCCUGCGCGAGGGCCUGCUCUUCAUGGCACUGGCUGCCUCCACCUUCAGCCUGCUCUUCACGGCCGGCGAGCGUUUCGCCACCAUGGUGCGGCCGGUGGCCGAGAGCGGGGCCACCAAGCGGGGCCGCGUGUGCAGCUUCAUCGGGCUGUGCUGGCUGCUGGCGGCGCUCCUUGGCCUGCUGCCCCUGCUCGGUUGGAACUGCGUGUGCGCCUUCCAACGUUGCUCCAGUCUCCUCCCGCUCUACUCCAAGGACUACAUCCUCUUCUGCGUAGUGGUCUUCGCUUGCAUCCUGGCCACCAUCAUGGUGCUCUACGGGGCCAUCUUCCGAGUGGUGCGCGCCAACGGGCAGAAGGCGCCCAGCACCCCGGCGCGCCGCAAGGCCCGCCGGCUGCUCAAGACGGUACUUAUGAUCCUGGUCGCCUUCGUGGUGUGCUGGGGCCCGCUUUUCGGCAUGCUGCUGGCCGAUAUCUUCGGCUCCAACGUCUGGGCGCAGGAGUACCUGCGGGGCAUGGACUGGAUCCUGGCGCUGGCCGUGCUCAACUCGGCGGUCAACCCCAUCAUCUACUCCUUCCGAAGCCGGGAGGUGUGCCGGGCCGUGGUGGGCUUCCUGUGCGGCGCAUGUCUCCGGCUAGGGCUUCGAGGGCCUGGGGACUGCCUGGCUCAGGCCGUCGAGGCCCACUCUGCAGCCUCCAACACCGACAGUUCACUGAGGCCGAGGGACAGCUUUCGGGGUUCUCGAUCCCACAGCUUCCGGAUGCGGGAGCCCCUGACCAGUGUCUCUAGCGUGCGGAGUGUCUGAAGCCACGGUCGGGGUGGAGGCUCAGCAGCCUCGAUCCCCGUGCAGGGAUGCUGCAGUCGGGCCUGAAGAAGAGGAAGGAACCGGUUAGCCACCAGGGGCCUGCAUCCCAGGGCCCCGCCAUGCUCCCGGAAGCCUCCUGGGGCUGCUGUCACCAAGUGGGUUUCCUAUGGUUGUUGUGGAGUGGGAGGCAACGGCUGGUUGGAACCGAGAGCACGCUGGACUGGAGAUCAGUAGGUUUGCUGUGUGCACCCCGCUCCUGUGUGACUCGGAGGAAGUCCCAGCCCUUCUCUGGGCCUCGGUAGGGGUGGGCUGGGGGGGAGUGGGUGGAUGCCCUGGGAACAGGGAAAUUCAGUGGUGGGAUGAGAUGGUGCGGUCCCUCAUUCACAGGGGGUGUCAGGGUGAAUGCAUGAGGGUUGUGGGUCUGCUGGAGCUGGGCCAGUGACCAGGGAGUGACAUGGGUCUGUGUGCUGGGGGGUGUGGUUGUGACGGCAAGGGGUUUGGUGUGGGUGAGACUGUCUGUGUGUGUUAGACAGAGAGGGAUAGAGAGGUUGAGGGCAGAGAAAGUUGUGCCAGUGAGCAGAGUGCACUGGUGUGCAGAUAUCCUUGAGUGUAGCAGGCCUCUUGUCUGAGGGUGUGUGCUUGUGCACACAUGUGCGUGACCAAUCCACUCUGUUGAAGGUGUAAGCUUUGGGAGGCUACCAGAAGGGGGGGUGGGGGCGGUGACACCGACACCCACCCCUUCCCAUUCACUUCCCCUUUGCCUGCCCUAUCUCUCAUCUUGGGUUCUGGGCAGCCUCCUCCCCCCACCUCUGGCUUCUGCAUCUUUUGGGACUCCGCCUGGAGUCCAACAGAGAGGGAGAUGCUUUAGCACUAACUGCCUCUCCCUUCCCCAUCUGUAAAAUGGGCUGAUGGCAGAUGGAACUCACUGCAGGAGGCUGUUGGUGAUCACUCAGUGCUUUUGCUGUGGCGAGCAGGCAUCAGUGUGUCAAAGAAACAUCCGGUGAUAGUGGAAAUGUUCUACAUCUGUGCUUCCCAGUAUGGGAACCCUCCCCACCACAUGGCUACUGAGCUCUCAAUAAGAGGUCAAUGGGACUGAAGAAAUCAACUUUGAAUGCGUUCGAAUUUAAGCACUCCACAGGACUCGCAGCAAUGGUACCAGACAGUGCUACAGGGGGACACCUUCUGAAUGUAGCCACUUUUGGCUAGUGGGAAGUUCUCUGUCUCCAUCCGCCCAGCCGAGACAGUGCCCACAGGUCUUUCUGCCUAUGUCUUGCCAAGUCCUUGGGGCAGCAUCCUGUCUGCCACUCCAGAAGGGACAGCUCUGUUCUGAGCCUCCAUUUCUCCCCUGAUAGGGGAUGGCAUAAUGGACAUGUUGACUGUGCUGUCCAAUAAAGCAGCCAUUAGCCACAUGUGGCUACUUAAAAUUAAAAUGAAUUUAAAAAAUUCAGUUUCUCGGUGCAUGUCUCAGAGCUUCGGUGUCCAAGUAUCACAGACUGGGGAGGGGGUGCUUGAAUAAUAGAAAUGUAUUUGCUCACAACUCUGGAGGCUGCAAGUCUGAGGUCAAGGUGCCAGCAGAGUUGGUUUCCCUGAGUCCUCUCUUGUGGAUCCUGGGGGUUUGCUGGCAGUCUUGCAUCCCUCAGCUUGUAGACACAUCAGCCGCAUCUCUGCCUCCAUCUUCACAUGGGUUCUGUUUGCCUGCACGUCUGUGUCCAAAUUCUCAAGUCUUUUUUUCUUUUCUCGGCUUCUCUGGGUCUUUACUGUGGCACAAGGGCUUUUCUCUAGUUUUCUGGCUUAGUUGUCCUGCAACAUGUGAGAUCUUAGUUCUCUGACCAGGGAUCAAAUACAGGUCCCCUGCAUUGGAAGGUGGAUUCUUUCAACUUUUUAUUUUGUAUUGGGGUAUAACCAAAUAACAAGCAACUUUGCAAUAGCUUCAGGUGAACAGGGAAGAGAAUCAGCCAUGCAUAUAUGUAUCCGUCCAUUACAUGUAUCCAUUCUCUCCCAAACUCCCCUCCCAUCCAGGUUGCCACAUAAGGUUGAACAGGAUUCCAUGUGCUAUACAGUAGGUCCUUCUUGGUUAUCCAUUUUAAGUGUAGCAGUGAGUACAUGUCAAUCCCAAACUCCCUAACUAUCCCUUCCCCCUAUUCUUCCCAACCAGCAACCGUAAGUUUGUCCUUUAUGAGUCUCUUUCUGUUUUGUAAAUUCAUUUGUAUCAUUUCUCUUUAGAGUCCACAUGUAAGCGAUGACAUACGAUCUCUCUCUGGAAGGAGGAUUCUUAACCACUGGACCAUCAGGGCAAUCCCUCCCCUUUUCAUAAGGACACCAGUCCUAUUGGAUUAGGGCCACCCUAUUCCAGUGUGACUCAGAUUAACUAAUUAUACCUAUAAAAAUCCUAUUUCCAAAUAAGGGCCUCUUCUGAGGUGUUGGGAAUUAGGAUUUCGAGACAUGAAUUUUGGAGGAGACACAAUUCGGCCCAUGACAUUUGGUCACGCUAACCCCAUUUUGAGUGCUUGUGGCUACUGUUUUGGAUAAUGUAGACACAGAAUCUAUCCAUCAUCACAGAAAGUGCUAUGGGACAGGGAGGGGAAAGUUCUAAGCAUGUAUAAGCUAGGAUUGUGUGCUUGCGUGCUCAGUCACUCAGUCAUGUCCAACUCUUUGUGACCCCAUGGACUGUAGAGCUCACCAGGUUCCUCUGUCCAGGGGAUUCUCCAGUCAAGAAUACUGCAGUGGGUUGCCAUUCCCUUCUCCAGGGAAUCUUCCCAACCCAGGGAAUGAACCCGUGUCUCCUGUGUCUCCUGCAUUGGGCAUUGGCGAGGGGUUCUCCCUUCCCAGAGCACCCCCUGGGUAACUCAUAACCUGGGAUACUUACCUUUUCCAGAUUCCUGACCACAUGUGUUUAUCUGGAACAGUGACAGGGUGGGUGGGGUCUUGGUGGAAUUCGGGGCGAGUGAAGCCUGGGCUGCCUUAAAGCUCUUGACCUGCAACCCCAGGCCUGUGUGAGUUGGGCCUGUUGGCCCCGUGGCCCCCUCCACCCUGUGAGUGUCACACUUUGCUUUGACUGAACUGGACUAUUUGCUGCUCCUUCCUAUUUGGGACCUUUGCACCUGUCGUUGUUAACCCCACUAGAGUGGCCUGUGCAUCCUUCAGGUCUCAGCUUCAGCAUCACCUCCUCCAGGAGAUCUCUCUGAUUUCUCCUCUUCCUUAGCCCUCUUCCAGGCUCACACAUCUGCCUGUGCAUCUCUAUCACAGCUUCAGUCACACCUGGUCACACAUCCACCUUCUCCCCUGGACUUUGAGCUCCAUGAGAGUGGAGUUAGUGACAGUGUUUGGGUCACUGCUGUGUCCCAAACACAACACAGGGCCCAGCAGACAGGAGAUGCUCCAUGAACUAGAGCUCUGGUAUAACUGGUCCCAGCAGCAUGCCUUCCAGGGAAACCUCUUCACCUCCUUAUUCCCCACCUCCCUAACUGAGGUGGAGCCGUCAUGAAUGCGGUCCUCUGCUCUUAGGUGGCUCAGGUGUCUGUAACCCAUUGCUGUUCCCCAGCUCUGCCAUGCACCACGGGCUUCAGUUUCCUCAUUUGUAAAAUGGAGAUAUCGAUGUCUCCUGCCCUCCUGGGAUGUUGAUAAGGCAAGGAAUAUAAAGGCUCUCAAACUAUGUAUGUUUGUGUAAUGCUCUGUGCUCAGUUGCUCAGUCGUGUCUGACUCUUUGUGAUCCCAUGGACUGCAGCCCGUCAGGCUCCUCUAUCCAUGGAAUUUUCCAGGCAAGAAUACUAGAGUGGGUUGUCAUU